CAGCGGCCGCUGGACUGGUGUGAAGGUGCGCCGUCUCAUUUCCUCGGCGCUGCGGAGGACGGUGGGCGGGGGGGUGGGGAAGGGCCCCAGGCCGCUGCGGCCCAGCCUUGCCGUUCCCUCUGGAAGAAAGAGUCCCAGGUCGCCCUGUCUCUGCGCCCCCUCGCCCCGCCCGGACGUUCACGGCGGGGCGUUAGACCUCUUUCCCCGGCUGAAGCGCUGCUGGAGUCUUGGUCGCUUCCCAAGGAGCGGGUGAAUAUGAGCCGUUUCUUGGUGCGCGGAGCCCACCGCCCCUCCUCGCUGAGGCAGUAUACGGCCAGAGAGAAGAAAAACAAAUUGAGCACCUAGGAUGUGAAAGCUCCUCUUCUUUCUAAAGGAACCAUAUUGUUUGCAAGAUGGAUCGGAGUAAGCGAAAUUCAAUAGCAGGAUUUCCACCACGCUUGGAGCGCGUUGAAGAUUUUGAUGGGGGUGGCGGAGGCGAUGGGACUAUGUCCCAGAAGGGCAGAGUUUGGACUUCUUCAUACAAGGCCUUGAUUAGUGCCUUUUCAAGACUUACACGACUUGAUGACUUUUCUUGUGAGAAAAUAGGAUCUGGUUUCUUCUCUGAGGUGUUCAAGGUGCGGCACAAAGUAUCUGAUCAGGUUAUGGCUUUGAAGAUGAACACGCUAAGCAGCAACAGAGCAAAUAUGCUGAAAGAAGUCCAGCUCAUGAAUAGACUUUCACAUCCAAACAUAUUAAAGUUUAUGGGCGUCUGUGUACAUCAAGGACAACUGCAUGCCCUUACUGAGUAUAUCAACUGUGGUAACCUAGAACAGCUGUUGGAUGGUAAUCAACAUCUGCCCUGGACAGUAAGGGUGAAGCUGGCACUGGACAUUGCUCUGGGACUCACUUACCUUCACUAUAAAGGCAUUUUCCAUCGGGAUCUAACAUCCAAGAACUGUUUGAUAAAGCUUGAUGAGAAUGGAUAUUCUGCUAUAGUUGGUGACUUUGGCUUAGCAGAGAAAAUCCCCGACUUCAGUGAGAAACUGCCAGUGGUGGGCUCUCCUUACUGGAUGGCACCUGAAGUGCUGAGAGAUGAGCCAUAUAAUGAAAAGGCGGAUGUAUUCUCGUAUGGCAUCAUUCUUUGUGAGAUUAUAGCAAGGAUCCAGGCAGAUCCAGACUAUCUCCCUCGCACAGAGAAUUUUGGGUUGGAUUAUGAUGCUUUCCAGCACAUGGUGGGAGAUUGUCCCCCUAACUUCCUCCAGUUGGCCUUCAACUGCUGCAAUAUGGACCCAAAAUUACGUCCUUCAUUUGCUGACAUUGCCAAGACACUGGAGGAAAUUCUAGGGAAUUUGAAAAGUGAGGAAGCUGAAAGAGAAAGAAAGCUCCUAAAUCUGGAAAGCACAGAUCGAAAACCCAUCUCAGUUUCCAAAGGUUUACUAGAGAGGGGACAAGGAGUAAAAAGGCUAAGUUCACUGGAUGACAAGAUUCCACCUAAAUCACCCCGUCCACGGCGCAAUAUCUGGCUAUCGCGCAGUCAGUCAGACAUAUUCUCUCGCAAACCUUGCCGCAAGAUAAAUGUUCAGGACCCCUACUAUACACCAAGCAAAGGGACAAACCGGAAAGUCAACCCUUUCAAUUCUAGGGAAGACUUGAAAGGUGGGAAGGUCAAAUUUUUUGAUUUGCCAAGCAAAUCUGUGAUAUCACUUGUAUUUGACUUGCACUCCCCGGAGGCAGAAGGAUGUCUGAGGAUGAACCCGACUCCAUUCCGGCAGACUUCUAACACUGACUGGCUGGACUCCUCUUUCCUUCCUGCAAGACGGAGCAGAUCACUUCCAGGAUCUCUUGAAUUUGUGCAUAAAGAUUAUAGAACAUUUGGGGAUCUCUCUUCAACCAUUAGUAGAUGUGAUCCCAGCCAGCUGCAGAAGCUACUGAGCAGCAGUGAAUAUGGAGUGUCUGAGAUUCCUCCUUUUCAGGCCAAACAUCAUAGGCAGGACUUGCCUUCUCCUCCUCUGCAGGAGGAGGAGAUGGACUAUUCUGAUGGACUGGAGCCCCAAGAUGAAAACGGGUACUGCCCUGUAAAUUUUGCUAAGGAAGCAGAACUCGGAAAGCCCAGGGGACAAGUUUCCCAAAAUGUAGAUGGUAUCUUGGCACAUAAUUUAGACCAUUCAGAAAAUAGAUCCUCAGAGAUGUUUAUGAGCUGCAUCUCCUCUGAAGAUAUGGAAGUUGAAGAUGAAACUCAAAGGAACAUGCCUUCCACUAGGUCGGAGUCUUCCAAACUAUUGUUCAGUGUUGACCCUUCCCCACAGUCUGGCAGAGAAGCCUCUCUUUUUGAGGCAGUGGAUAGUGACAUCUCAAAUCUUGUUUCUCUGCCAUCUUCAAAUGCACCAGCAUCAGUAUGCGAGCAAUCAAAAUGUGACAUUUAAAGUUCAGCCAUGAUACCAUGGUGGUAUAUUCCUCCCAACUUCUUUGCUUUUUAAAUUUUCUAUGUCAGAAUACUCUAGCAAAGUGUAGCAACCAGACCAGUCCAUUUGGAGAGACAGCAUGUAUGUCAAUGUGUGAGAGAUAAUAAUCCCUUACCGUACCUCAGGAGGCAGCUGCUGCACGCAGAAGGGGAGAACAAUAUAUCAGUGCAAUGCCUGGAUCAAUGCAGGGCCAUAAAUAUGGGAUCCUAGGCUUGCCUCUACUUAGAAGCCAUUUUCUGUCUGUGUACACAGUUUAGAUCCCAUUGAAGAAAUUAUUCCAAACUUGGCAGCAGCCUUUAAAAAAAUCUAUAACUCUCUUUUUGUGUCCUUUCUUGGGAGCUGCUGAGCAGGUAUAAAUGACCUCUUAUUGAGUAUAACAAGAUGGAAAUUGGCAAUGCUGGGACAACAUAGAUAGAUAAGGUGGUAGCAUCCUGUACCUCUGUUGUAAUGGCAGGUUCAUAGUGCUGGCCUGAAACUCAAAGUUCCACUGAAGAAAAUCAGACUUGACUGCUGGAGCUAAAUUUCCUACCUCUUCCAAUCCAGUUUCAAACACUGGAAGCAAACAGCUCAGAUUCCUACUUCAAGCAUUCCUUGUCCAAUUAUUACUUGCUUUGGUCACCUUAAUACCAUGACCAAGAAAGAGGUCAAUCCCAUUUUCCUUAAGCAAUAAUAGGUGCUAUGCAACCAAAUGCCUGUUCAGUAAAUUUGAAGUGCACAAAGAGGAUAAACACAGCUGUGUGUUUGUAACUCUUCAGUACCUACAAUUCUAUAUUGUAGAAGAAAUUAAGUGUAUAACCAUCCAAGUGUUUGAUAUGGGAGCUCUUAAAAGUAAGCCAGCCCUUCUGCAGCAGCAGCCUCUUAAAAUCCAGCUCUAGCCAACUCCUGUGCAACUCUUCAAUCAGCCUCUCCAUGUGGGUCAGUCACACACUCUGAACAGAUGUGUGCAUAUAUGGAAACUUGGUCUGUAUUUACAUUUUGUAUAACUUAAAAGUACCUCACCUGAGAUUCCUCCAUUGGAAGAGGGAUGCUUGUUCACUAGACUCUGACUGUAGCUGCAGAAAUAGUACUUCCAGUCCUUACUAGUCUCUCUUUCUGAGUAUCAAGUCCAGCACAAUGCUCAAAGUAGAGAGAAGAUAGUAUGUGCUGAAUAAGAGGGAUUGGAGUCCCAAGUCUUGACUCUAGACCCUUAUUUUAAUAUAAUAGGCUAAUGAGAACUCACCUGUGGGGAAGAAAUAAAAAAGCAGUGCUGCUUCCUGAUGUGUGUAGAUGUCCUCUCUUAUUAACCCCUCAAAAAGGAACCAUAAAAACGGUGAAAGUCCACAAAAAGUAUCAAGCAAUAACUGGGGGUCACAGAUAUGGAAAUAUUUGUAAAACAGGUAACAAUCUCUUGCCUAAGAGUUGUUUGUUGCAACCUUGACAGCAGUAACAUCUUUUUGCAAUCUAUGCUUAUUUAUAUAGGAGCCCUUAACAUUGUCAAGUUCCUUCUAGAGAACUCCCCACAGCCAUUUUUUGCAUGCAUUUUUUUAAGACAGUGAAAAAUAAAUAUGUUACCAUCUCACUACACACUUAGGAUAUAGUAAUGUUUUGUUCCUCCAAGGAAGAAGCAUUUACUCUUGAUCAGUGCAUGGAUACUGAAAGAACUGAGCACUGGAGUCUGCUUUAGAGGCCAUGAAAAGAGUCCACACUUCUGCUUACUCUGGCCUGUGGUUGAUGUGAGCUGCUAGAACCCUGUAGCCUUUAGAUGUGUGACUUGUGCUGUUUUGUGAAGAUUUAAACAAGUGGCCUCUCUGAUUUUGCUUCAUCUAUGUUUUUCCUGCUUUCAUGCAGUUUUUCUGCAAACAAACUAUCAGAUGUGGUAUUCUUUCUUGAGCUGGGGGAGAGGGUUACUUAUAUGGCUGCUCUGCAUUCUUAGCAGAAUGCUAGUGCAAGGCUUCAGUCUCUUAUCCUGGUACAGAAAGUAUGACAUUUCUCCAGCCCACACUGUAAUGAAGUUCUUUUUGAAGGAGCUUGGUGGAAGCCAAUUCCUUGGUCAUUGUGUGGCUAAAAUUAAAUGUAUACUGUCCACUUUUGCAACAUGUAAGAGCCCAUGGCCUUCUGGGUAUGCUGUCUAGAGCCAGUAUUGCAGAGCAGCUGUUGGCCAUUAGCUGUAAUGAAUACAGAUUGUGGCAAAACAGUGGCAGUGCUUUGUACAAAUACAAUAGAGAGUUUUGCUUUUAUCAUGUUUUUGAUUUGCUGACAGAUGCAUCUUGCUUUCUUACAAGCGACCUGCAGACCCGUCUAAGAUCCCCAAUCUGUUUUUAAUUCACUCAAUCUUUCUAUGUUACAUUUAUUAAACACAUGAUAGCAGCAAUACUUAUGACUGAUUGGUGAAAGAUGACUGUGUAUAAUUGUAUGUAAGAAAUUGCUACCCCAGCAGAAGACAGGAGUAUGAUAGGUUUAUUCUUGGUUGCUGUAUCUUGUCCAAGAACACUGGUGUUUCUUGCCAGUUUAACUACAGACACUUGAAUAAUUCCUCUUUGCACUUAAUGCUGCUGUUUAUACUGCAUGUCACUACAUUUCUAUGCAAAAAUAACCUUUGGGGCAGCCAAAUAUUUGAUUAAGGUUUAAAGAUCUUUGCAAGAUCUAUUUUCAUAUUUAUGAAGGAAUUUUAUGUCUUAAUAUUUGCAGUCUGUAAAUAGCUAAACUUUGUCAUUAAAUCUUAGGAAAAAAGUCUGUAGCCUGUGUAUAAUUUAACACUGCCGGAAAAGAAUCUUUACGAAACAUUUUUCUAAUACUGCAGAUAUUUAUGGAUGUGUAAAGAAGGCAAAUAUUGGUUUUUAUGUUUUACUUGGUCUGACUUUUUUCCUGAACUACAGCAGCAGUAUGUUUUACUGGAACUGAAAUAAGUAACCAAAGAUGAAUCUAGUUUAAAGUAUUUGAAUGUUUUCUUUGUCUGUUUUUGUAAACUGUUUCCCAAUUUGCUUUCAGAAUAAAAACAAAUAAAUCUA